CACACCCAACCACACACACACACACACGGUGCACACGAAAGGGCGGAGUCGGUGCAAUGGGACUAGUCUCACCCGAGGGGAUCAGAUCUGAUGCGCCGGGAAGGAAUCCAAGGUGAGGUUUCCAGGGAGUUACACAGCGUCAAGCCACACCUGGACGUGCUUUAGUCUGGCUUUGAAAUCACAUCCGAUGAUUCCCGUAGUCUGAUUUGUAUUUGGACACAUCUGGAGGAAACCCCGAGUUUAUGUGCAGUCAUGGAGCGCCCUGCGUUGGUCCUGUCGCGCGCCCAGCCGUCGCCGCGAGCAGCGCGUAAAAGCGAGUGGCUUCGGAGCGCCCUGGCCCAUCACCACUGCCCCGAUCCCGGCGUGGACAGCGAAAUCGUCGUCCUGGCCACUGGAAUAGACCAGUACCUACAGGAGGUCUUCCACCACCUGGCCUACCCCAACCGGAACGAUACGGUGUCGGCGGAGGAUUUCACCGCGCUGUGCGUCGUGCUGGGACUCGCCGGAGGAAAGAGAACGAAGAAAGCAAAGGAAGGGACUGGAGAUGGGGAAACACAUGAAGAGGAUGAAGAGUUUAGGAAUGUGUGUUCUGGGCUGCCCUGCCAGCUGUCCUUUAAAGACUUCCACUCGCGGCUCUGUGGGUAUUUCCGUGUGCGCAGUGCUCGUAGAGGCACCGGGGAGUGUGCCUGGCGCCUGCCCGUUACUGAGGACACGGAGCUGGUGGAGCGACAGAUCCGGCUCCGGUGGCCGCGGGUCAGACGGAGAAAAUGUGUGAGUUUUGAUCUGACGAGGGAUCAGAAUGGGCCCGUGAACAGAUCAGUUAAAGGUCGAACCGCAGGAGACCGCGAGUCAGAUGAGGUAGCAGCUCUGAGGGAGCUGGUGGAGGACCUCCGCUCGGCGCUGCAGGGGAGCGACGCUCGCUGCCUGGCCCUGGAGGUGGCACUCCGACGGGACAGGAGCCGCACCCGCCCUCCUCCGUCCAGCUUCAACUCUACAGUUUCAACUCCCACAACGUCCAUCACCCUCAUACAGGGGAAACUGGUACCGACACACAGAAUUAAAGGACAGUGCAGUGGUGCUGGAGGAGACGGGGCGAGGAGGGUGGCGAGGAGACGGGACAUCAGGGACCCCCUCCUGAGGGAGCUGAAGCUGAUCCGCUCCUCACGUGACGGGCAGCUGGAGGAGGCCAUCAAAUUUAAUGAGUGUCUGGAGGAGGAGCUGCGGUGGGCGUACCAGGCGGUGCGCAAGCUUCAGGGGGUGGAGUCUGCACUGAGGAAAGAGAACGCUCAGAUCAGGAGGCGGGCGGAGGAGGCCAGGGAGGCUCUGAGCUCGGGGCUUCAGAGGGUUCGGAUGAUCCAGGAGCAGGCUCAGUCUGUGCCGCAGCUCCAGUCCAGGAUCUCCCAGCUGGAGGCUGAACUACACCAGUACAGAUCCUGCUGCACCUGCGUCCCUGAACCCACCCGUCAACAAAUGCACCCAAUCGGAGCAGAAGACGCCUGCAGCAAGACAGAGUGUCUGCAGAGAGCAGUGGAGGGCAGAGCUGCCUCUGAUGAAGAGGAGGACGACAGGGGGGUGAGGGAGGAAGGACAGUGCAGCCUGCUGGAGGUGAAGAAGCACAUCGGCCGACUGCACGGCUGUGGCAAAGGAUGUCAGAACCAUGUGGUCCACCAGCUGUUCUCUCAGAGUCCCCUGCAUGAUAAAAACCUCAGCAGCACUUUAAAGGACAGCAGGGGGCGCUGCAGCAGGAGGGGACAAAACCCAGAGCAACCAGAGGGAAGCAGAGGCUUUGAAAAAGAAAAGAGGCCUGAGGAAGAGGAGGACAAGACAAGGCUGGAGGAGAAAGAAAAGACACGUCUGUCUUUUCUGGAGGAGAGACUCACAGAUGCUCUCACACUGCUGCUGCAGCUACGCAACAAGAACGUGUCCCGCAGGGUCCUGGGGAAGAUUGUGAUGGAUACUCUGGAUGUGUGCAGCAGGAGUGGAGACGGUCCGUCUCAGGUCCUGCAGGUAGCUGACGCCCUCUGUGUCCGGCUGUCCUCCAGGGAUCUCCUUGGAAACGGAGGGGAUGAUGAAGCAGGAGAGAGCAGAGAGAAACUCCCGGUUCCGUCUUCAGGGUGUCAAGCCAGCAGCGGCAGCUCUCUGCUCAUCUCCUGCUAAAUAAGCUCCUGCUGUUUUACCUUUGGCUCGUCUGCACCAUGCAAGUUUCACAGUUGUGUAUCUGUGUGUAUCCCAGAUUUUGAAACUGAUUCAAUGUAUUUAAAGAUUCAUUUUAUUUACUUUAUUCAAUCUCUUUGUGUUCUAUUUUGUAUUUUUUUUUUCAUUUCAAUGAUUAAAUAUUUGUAUCCAAACCCUCUGUAA